AUGGCCCUCGCCGCCUACCGCCACCUCAUCCGCGCCGCCCGCACCGCCUUCGAAGGCGACACCUUCGUCCUCACCGCCGCCAAAACCGAAGCCCGCCGCGGCUUCGAGGCGAACCGCGCCCUCCCGCGCGACAGCGACGAUACACGCUCGCUCGUCAGCAACGCGGAGGAGGUGGCCACGAUGCUGAAGAGGAAUGUGGUGCAGGGGAGAUUGAAUGGGGAUGGGCGGUAUGAGUUGAGGAUUCAUGAUGGGAUUGAGAGGGGUGAUAAUGAGAGUAUUAAGCAGGCGAGGGGGACGCUGGGGGCGGGGGGGAAGGGGUGUUGUUCGGCUUAG